AUGCUUGGCGACGUCCUGGACGACCCACAACACUACAUCACUGGCUGGGAGCUGUCGCGCAAGAGAUACUCUCGUGCCCAGCGAUCACUUGGACACUAUUACAUUCAGAGAGCCAAGUGGGCUGAAGCGAUCGAGUGCUACGAGGUGGCCUUGUCCAUCAACCCAUUGUUCCCAAGCAGCUGGUUCUCAUGCGGAUGCGCUGCGAUGCGUAUCGAGAAGUGGGAUGCGGCCACAAACGCUUUCAGUCGUUGCAUUUCACUCGAGCCCGAGGAGGGUGAGGCCUACGGCAACCUGGCCGCCGUCUACAUGAUCCAGGGCAAGCUGGACAAGGCUCACUCGGCCAUGCAGAUCGGCCUGAAGCACAAGCGCGAGAACUGGAAGCUGUGGGAGAACUACCAACACGUAUGCAUGGCGUUGCGCGACUUCCAAAGUGUGAUUCAGACGGUACUGCAGAUCUUUGAUCUGAACGACAAGAAGGUGGACAUCAAGGUGCUGCAGGUGCUCGCGGACUUUGUCGUUAAAGACGACACGGACAAGUCUGGCAUCAACGGUCGUCGCAUUGAGAAGCCCGUCAGCGAGAUGUUCGGCAAGAUCACAUCUAGAUUGACCAACAAUCCCGACGUCUGGAGGGUCUACUCAAGCUACCAUCACAGUCUGGGAAACUUGGACAAGGCAAUAGAUUUGCAACAGCGUGCCUGUCGUGCCAUCGAGGCCACUCAGGGCUGGGACACAGACAAGGAGUCGUUUGAGCGUGUCGUGUCAUUCAUCGCGACGCUCGUCAACCUGUACCUGGAACAGACACCAACCAACUCGACAAACAUACAUUCUGCCAAACUCAAAGUUAACAGCAUCAUCAAGAAGACUGAGCUCUCAUUCAAAGAGCUGGACACAUUCAAGAGCCUGUCGACACUUCUGGCCAACCUCGAUGCCAAGCUAAGCAAUCCAAAUACAGUAUCAGAAGCGAUGCAGGAGGUGCCGUCAUCAUAA